AUGAGGCACCCAUCCUCUCCAAUGAAGAGGGCGUCAUCUCCCAUAAGGAAACCAGGUUCUCCUCUGAGAAGAAACGGAGGAUCGUCACAGCAGGAGGAGGAGAAUGGGGCGGCGUCGUCAGUCUACGGGGACUGGUUCUCGGCUGUUUCCGGGCAGAAGAUGGAGACAGAGGCGGGAAAGAAGAGCACGGAGAUCUUUGACAUUGACGCGUAUUUCGUCAAUGCGGAGGAGGACGGAAGGACGGGUCACGGCAGCAGCGCUCCCAUGCUGUCCAAGGGAGGAGAGGGCCCGUCGACGCUAGGAGCGAACAGGUCUCGACCCUCCUCGCCUCUCCGUCGGGGGAGGGGAAGGAAAAAGAGCACGGAGAUCCCCAGGGUGAACCCCUCGGAGGAGACGACGGACCUGGACAAGUGGCUGAGCGAGCGAUGCAGCAUGAGCGGGAAACGAUCAGACAUGGUGAGGACGGACAAGCUGUACGCUGAUUUCCAAAUGUAUGCCAACCCUCACGGCCUCGAGACUCUGUCGCACGUGGAGUUCAGCUCGCACAUGAUCGACAAGGGCUUCAGGAAGGUCAGAGGGAAAGACGGGAGCUGGUCCUUCUCUGGUAUCCUCCUCCUUAAGGGAUCGCCGAAGAGGGUGGUCGAUGACGCAGGAGGAGGAGGAGGAGGAGGAGGAGGAGGAGGAGGAGGAGGAGGAGGAGGAUCACCGAUGCAGUCGAGGUCCUCUAAGGCUCCUCAGCGCUCCUCUCCUCUUAGUACACCUCGGGACAAGCCCAUGAGCCCCAUGAGAGCGAGCAUGUCGCCCGAUCGAGCGCUCCCAGUCAUGCCUGGGCUGUCUCUUGCUCCUGAUCUCCGAGAGGCAAUCUCUCGUUCCUCCUCCCCCAUUCAGAACUCCUCCCCUGCUCGCAAGCUCCCUCCUCCGCUUCGAAACUCCAUCGACAUGCUGGAAACGCGCCCCCUAGGAUCGCUCGAGAACUUCGGGAGGGCGAUGAACGAGGCGGUGCGGCAGGAGAGGAGCAUGUCCGUGCAAGAGGAGCUGAGGGCACAGGGAAGGAUGUCGAUAGCAGAGGAGAACAGGAGGGAUCUCAUGCUGUACAUCGAGGAUUUCCAGGCGAAGAGGGAGAAUGAAGAGCAGAUGGCCAAGAUCAGAGAAAUGAACAUGUGGAAAUCACCUUACGAGAACGCGUACUCAGUGUUCCUGUGCCUGUGGCUGGUAAGUUGGAUGGUUCUCCAUGUCAUUGAGGAUUGGAGGGUGUAG